AUGAUUUUAAAAGCAAUUGAUAGAAAAAUGCCUCCACUACGUAAUAGCAAAUAUCAAAAUCCAAAACCUCGACCUUCCGUUGAAGUUUUGCAAAAGUUCGCAGAGUUGGACCAGAGAGGUGCCUCUGUGAAUGAAUAUCGAAAGGAAUUAUACGACUAUUAUUCGAAAGAGGAAUGGAAAACAUGCUAUGUGCCACAAUUAUAUGCUCCAUGGCAUGGUGAUGAUAUCUUUUCCAAAUUUUCCAAUUACACGAAAAAGAUUGAAGAAUUACUUGAUCAAGAUGAUUCCGAUUGGGAAAAUAUUGAGAAUGAUGAUCAAGAAGACGAAAAAUCAUCUAUUAGCAGCACCAAUAAUCAGCAACAAUUAUUUUCAGAUGGUAAUGAUACUACUUCAUUAAAGAGAAAGUUAGAUCUAACUUCACAAAAACAACAAUUGAAGGGAAGAUUUUCCAGUGCUAAAAAGCUCAAGUUGGAGUUGUUGAAGGCUCAAUUGCAGGAAAGAAAGGAAAAAGAGUUGCACGAUUGUUUGACUGAGAAUUUGGAAAGUCGAUUUGAAUAUUAUUGUGAACAUGAAAUUGUUAGACCUGGAAUGGAUUUCUUUGAUGAUGUUAGAGGAGGGGGACAUUCUAUCAAGCUGAUAUUUGAUUUUAAUAAGGGUUUUGAUCCGAGUGAAAAGCCAUUUGCCUACACACUUGGAGCUCACUAUUGGAAUAGAAAGUGUCCAGAGAUUUUGGCACUUGUUGAUUCAUCAAAGCAUGGAUUUGAGGCAUUUACUAACGUUGCCAAAGUGUUGAAUAUGAUUGUUGAUAUGGUUGAUAGGAAAAUAUUCUCAUUGGAGGAAGGUCUUGCAUUGAAUAGUAUUCUUCCAAUGUUCACCAAUGAUAAGUUGGUUAUGGAAAGUGUUUCCUCAGAGGAAAGAAAUGAAUACUUUGGUUAUGCUAAUUGGUUUUAUAUUAAUUUUGCUGAUAUGGACUCAUAUCCAUGUCUCAAAGUUCAAUUCUCUGUCCAAGACAUUGACGACAUUAUCGAGUAUAAUUCAGUUUCUAUCAGCAAGUCCAUCUUUGAAACUGAUGAAAAUGUUUGCAUGGUAAAGAGAGGAAUUGUUGAAGAAAUGCCUGAAAUUGUUCCAGUAUCAAUUCCUGAUCAUUCACCUCUUGGGAUUAUUCUAAAAUCUCACAAAAGUCGUGUAAUAUUGACUAAACAAGUGGUAACUCUUCACUUGGACAAUGAAGAGUUAUUCUUGAAAACAGCGGGAAUGUGUGAAGUGGAAUCAUUUAAGGAUUAUAUUGCUGCCAAUCCUCAAUUUGACAUUCUUAAGAAGCAAGCUUUCGAAUAUGCCAUGUGGAAUAAUAAGCUUGACAAUAUUCGUCAUUUAAUCUCACUGGGUUACAAUUUGAAAGGAGAUGGAAACUUACGUUCACCUCUCAUGGAUGCAGUUCAAUAUGGGUUUGAAGAGGUAGUGAAAAUUUUGGUGGAAAAUGGAGCUCCUCUGGACGACAAGGAUUGUGAAAAUUGGACAGUUCUUUCAAUUGCUUCUAAAGCUCUAUUGCAUAGUGACAUGGAGAAGGCUACAAGAAUUUUACAAUAUUUGUGGGAUGCAGGUGCUAGAAUUAUGUAA